CGCCGCCGCUUGCCAUACCAUACCGUGCGAGCAUCGCAGCCGCUCGUCCGUCGCGCCGGGUGUCGUCUCGUCUCGUCCCGUCUCGUUGCAUGUCCGACGCGUGUGUGUGAGGCUUGCGCGCGCCUCGGUGCCUGUUCAUUCCCUCGUGCCCCAAAACCGCCAAGAUUCGGGUGAAGAAUCGUGAGCCGGUGCCGGCGUACGCCAUGGCCGACGCCGACCGUGACUCGGACCUUGGCGACGACAGUCCUGUGUGGCUCACCAAACUGGCAACCCCGACCCUGAUGUCAGCGCGGUCCGAAGGCGAAUCCUCGGGUGAGCAGUCCUGUGAGAGCUCCGACGAGGGCGUGGGUCGCGACGCGCCGCAGCCGCCGCACCAGCACCAGGCCCUGCAGCAGCCCCCCCACACCAUGACGCACCACCAGAUCAACCAGAUCACGCAGCACCAGAGGAACUCGCCCCGACCGCUUGACAGAGAGCUCAAGGUCCGAGACGACUUUGAAUCUUUAAAGUCUUCGCUGCACCCUCACUUAUCAUCCUUGGCUUCAUUAGCUCAAGGUGCCCCACUGUCCACAUCGAGCAGUGUGUUCGCGCUGGCAGGGGCAGGGGCUCCAGGAGGCUUUCCCUACGCGCCUCCUGCGUUCCUGGCCCCUGCCCCGCCGCCGCCCGCGCAGCCAGUGGGCUCUGCCUCGUCUUCCUCAUCGGAAGGCAGCGCCGCUGGCUGGAGCUUCGAAGAACAGUAUAAGCAGGUUCGUCAGCUGUACGAGAUCAGCGAUGAUCCGCAGAGGAAGGAGUUCUUGGACGACCUAUUCUCCUUCAUGCAGAAACGUGGCACUCCUAUCAACCGGUUGCCGAUCAUGGCCAAGUCUGUGUUGGACUUGUACGAGUUGUACAACCUGGUGAUAGCGCGUGGCGGGCUCGUCGAGGUGAUCAACAAGAAGUUGUGGCAGGAGAUCAUCAAGGGGCUCCGGCUGCCGUCCUCGAUCACUUCUGCUGCGUUCACGCUGCGCACACAAUACAUGAAGUACUUGUACGACUACGAGUGUGAGAAGAAGAACCUCUCCACUCGCAGCGAGCUGGACGCUGCUAUAGAAGGCAAUAAACGCGAGGGCAGGCGCGCCUCCGGACAGUAUGAUGCGCAAGCGGCGCUUGCUAUGAACUACUUUUCUGUCCCGCAGCCGCCGCUGAACCGCGGUGUUCCGGCGUCUCUUGCGCAGCUGUCCCAGCACAUGCAGCCGUUGUCGUUGUCCCUAGGUGGUGGGGUGGGGGUCCCGCGACUUCCCCCACUGCCCCCCCACGCACCACACAUCUCCCAGCACGACAUAGAGUACCGCGUGCGGGAGUACAUGAAGAUGAUACAACAGCAGCGGGAAUUGAUGAGGAAUGGUUCAGAAUCGCCUCCAGGCGGCAACGGUCCUGCGCCGAUGAUGUCGCCGCGCGACGCUGCCGCGCUCAGUGCCAUCGACGUGUCGCGGCUCACGCUGUGGUCGCUCUACAACAACAACAAUAACAACAGCCCGCAACCGGACCUCGAACCGCAACGUGAGGCGCUAAAUCUAAGCGAAAGUCCGAACUCGAACGUGAGCAUCAAGCGUGAAGCGUGUCGCUCCCCUCCCCCGCCGGCGAAGCGCCGCACCCCGCGGCCGCCUUCCCCCAGGCUCCCCUCGCCGCCGCGCCAGGCGUGCAUGCCCACCACGCCUCAGUCACAACUCAACGGAGGCAGCGCCACUAACGGAGUCAAUGGGGCGGCUUUCAAAAUUACUACUCGAGGUGAUGCAAGCACAGGUGAUCAACAACUCGUCGUGUCAAUAGAACUGAACGGAGUAACAUACGAAGGAGUUCUCUUCCCAUCGCAGAACGGCAACGGCCAAAACGGUCACAGGCAAAUGGUGUCCUAAACACAACAAACAAGUUAUUAGUAUUUAUUUUCGUAUAUUGUGUCCCAGUACGGCAAAUUUCAAUGAUAAGUGUUUGUUGCUGAAUUUCUAAGGUUUGAACACCUGAAGACCUAAAAAGAGCUAUGUACGCUCUAAGUAAUCGACCAUAUCAACACAUAUCAGUUUGAAAUGAUUACGGAGAUUAUUAAAAUUACGCUUCUGUAGUCUAUGUCUGGAAGAUUUAAUGGUCGGGGAGAAAGGAUUAUGUUCAGAUAAAAUAUUAAAAAAUAGAUUUAUUGCAUGAAAUAUGUUCGACCUGCCUCCCCGCCCCUUUCUCCCCUUUUGAACAUAGACCAAAGAGGUUAGGUUUUAUUCAUAUCUCCUGACGCGUGUAGACUUUGGAACCGUCAAACUAUGUUAAAUAUUGUUUUCCAAAUUUCAAUAAGUACAAAAUUCUUACAAGAUAUUAUUUAGUUUCUAUCAAAAAUGUGAUUAAUUUCUUUAUUUCUCAAAAUAUUUAUGCCUAGUUCUCAUAUUAUUCAAUUAACACUGCCUGAGGAAGUAUGCAUAGUUUCUCGAAUGUUCUUUAUUGAUUGUAUGUAUAAUACCUAACGUCAUACAUUGAAAUGACAAUUCUUGUACAUAUAGGUUAUAAUUUUUAUGUUUAAUUUAUGAUUUUAUGACAGAUGUGAGUUAUUGGAUUGUGGCGUUUGUUUGAAAUGUAAAUUAUUGUAAAUAAUGUGGAGUAUUGUAAUUCAUUUUAUACGCCAUUUGUGUUUGUGAUUCGUCUAAAGGUGUAUAUUUUAUUUGUCUAUGAUAAUUCAGUAUUUUAGACUAGUUAUUUAUAAAUAUUUAAUACUGUUUUCUUUACAAAAACAUUCAAUCGUUUUUUAACCAUUUCGUAUAUUUUCAUGGACAUGUUAAUGCGAAGAAAGCAGAUAUUAUAUUUCUGGUUGGUAAUUAUGAAUGAAGACAUUUACAUCUUGAUCUGUUUUAAAUUCUCGAAUACAAUUACUUUUUUAUGUAGUUGCGUAGUUUUAAGUGUAAUAUUAAAACGCGGUUGUUUCGUAUUAUCAGGCUACUUAAUAUUUAUCACAUUCGACGACUAAUAAUAUAUGCCAUUAUCUAAGUUUUAAUGAGUAAAUAGUUAUAAAUUAGAUUAAGGGGUCGUCGUCGUGAUUUUAAAUGAAGAAGUGCAAUUUGAGCGGCAUUUGGUAUUAUCAAAUUCACACUUAUAUGUAGUGCAAUAAGGCAAUAUUUCAAAAUGAUACUACAUCAAACACGAGCUUGUAGCGUUUGUAAAAAAAAUAUAAUUUGUAAAUGACUGAUUUAAUGUUUUUACAAUUAGUUUAUUUAAUUUAAUUUUUAAAAGAAUUAUUUUGUAUAAUUUCAUUAACUUAGGGCUUAUUCGUGCUAAGUAGAGGUAGCUGUUAGUACAUUCCUGACGAUGUACAAUAAUGUUUAAGAACAAUUAAUCUGGCCUACAUAAUAAUAGGUAGGUAGUGUCGGGCCAGCUGAUUGCGCAUUAGCGAAUUUCGUAUUACACCAAAAAUUUUUGAUGUAUUCAAAUAAUUAUACAUGAAUAAAUAAUAUGUAUUGCAUA